AUGCCGAGCGAGGAGGACUGCGUUACGCAGGCGCAGGGAGCGGCGGACUGCCGCGCGGCGGGACUACCUCGGGCGACCGAGGCAGCUCUGUCGGCGGCUGCAUCCGGCCCCCCACGUAUGACGACGCUGCAAUCGACUGCGGACUGCGCUGCGGUACACCCAAUGCGCACUAGCCCGCUCACACCAGAGCAGGUGUACCUAGUUGUACACCGACUAUCGCGGGGCAUUGUGUACCCUGAACAGGAAGCCGACGAACGAGCACUCCGCGCGUUCCAACAGCACCUGAGGUCACUUGGCUGCGAGGUAUUCGAAGAUGUGAGCGUACCGUCGGGAGCCAGUGAAGAGACCUCAGAUACGCCGUUUGCUGUACCGUCAGGCGCGACGACAGAGCACGCCACUGCCCUGCCACGAGACAGCACAAUCCCAGAGGCCAACCUUGGCGAACUGCUAGAGGCGGAAACCAUGGAUACAGCGCAGCCCUCUAGAAAGAGGCCUGCAGCUGCGGAGGAGGAAGAUUCCGCCGCCAUCUCUGAUUCUACCUGCAUGCAAAGUCAGAAGAAGAAGACGCCAGAAGCUGCUGCCCACUCGGAGGCAGAUCAGGGGACCGACGACGGCUUCGUUGUCCCGAAGCGGCGGCACACUGCUCGGGCCAAACGGCUUGAGAGAGUGCAGCCGCUGCCGACAGCGAACUCAUUCGUCGACGUUCCUGACGAGCCGGAGCCCAUGGACGAAGCUGAGGCACCCAAGAGGCGGGCACCCGCCCCGCCACCGAUUACAGUAUCGUGGAAGGACACGUACCAGUCCUUCCUCGAGAAGUUCCAGACGGUAUCGUCCACCGCCAAGAUUAAAUGUGCCGGUCGGGACUUAGGCUGCGCCGCCUUCAAACGCGGCCCACGGCAGCAAGGACGUGCGGCACCGGCACGAAAGGUGCAACCAGGCACCAGCUUCGCCUCUGCCACCAAGGGGGAGUCCUCGGACGCCCCCAGGGGGCGGCGGGCGGAUGUCGCGACCACCAAGGCGCCCAACGAAGCAACUGGCGCCCAGGACGACCAACACCAGGGCGGACGGCUAAACCGUCCCCCCACCUCAGACAGGCCGCAAGCUGCUAGGCGUGCGGUCCCGCUAACGGACGCAGCCACUCCGCUGCGCCCCGCCGCCCACGCACCCGCAACCGCAGCACCUCCUGCAGCAAUUCCGCGACCAGAAGCAGCAGACCUGGGAGCAAUGUUGAGCUCCCUCUCUGCCCUGCUACAGCAACUGCCGGUGCUCGUCACCGCCCCGCGCGGGAGCCCCAACGCUCACAACAAGGUAUGGCAGCAGACACAAAGCACUGCCUCGACAGCUCCGCCCACCGCUGCUCUGCAGGGACGCGUCCGCCAUGCAGCGGCCACUGCAGCAACCCAAUGGCAGCAGGAACACGCACGCCAUCCAGCAGCGCCCGCAGUAUCGAAACAGGCCGCAGCCCCGCCGACGCCGCCACAGCGCGCGGCGCCAUUGGCGGCUCAGCGGCAGGUAGCACCGCCUGUUACGCCUCAGCCCCGGCCAGCAGCACCACCGACCGCGCCUCGCCGCGCAGGAGCGGUCCAAUCAGCGCCGCCCGCCCCGGACCACGGCAGCAUGGCUGACUUCCCCGAACCGCGAUGGCGCCGGCAGCGGCCAACCACGGAGCAGCCUACUCCCGCAGCCCUCGCCAGCACCGGGCAGCAAGAUGGCGGCCAGAACGCUAGAAGCGGCCAUGUUGUCGGCCCCCGACAAGAUGGCGGAAGCGGCCAUGUUGUCGGCCCCCGACAAGAUGGCGGAAGUGGCCAUGUAGUCGGCCCCCGACAAGAUGGCGACCGCGUCGACCAACUGCUCGACGCAAUGCACCUAAUGAUGGCUCGCAUGACCGAGCUGAUGGCCGCAGUACAACAGGUACUCGCCGUAGCUGCAUCCUCCGCCCAUCAUGCCUGA